AUGGCCAUAAAGAAAUCUAUUGUCAAAUUGUUUGAGAAGGCGGGCGAGGUUGGUCCCCAGCCAAAUUUGCUGAAAAUGCUUAAAGACAAAUUUCUUGAUAUGUAUUGGGCAGAAUUUUUUACACUGUUCAUGGAUUCAACUAUGUCUGUUAUAGUUUCACAAACUACCAUCCAUUGUGUAACAGUCAACAAUAUGAUUAAGUUUGCUGCUAAUGGUUUAUCUAUAUUAUCUGAACACUCAACCAGGGACGGUCGUAGUGGUUUAUAUUUGAUAUCCGAGUUUUUCCAAUUGUGUCGUAAGUAUGGAAAUUCCAACGAUAAAGCUAUCAGAUAUAGGUUUUGUCUAUUUUUUAACCACUUGUUGAAUCACAUGACUGAAGGAACAGUAUUAUCUGUAGAACUAUGUGACGUUGCAACAUUGUUGUUGUUGGACCGUUUGCAAGACAAGAAACCAGAAGUUCGAGCACAAGCUGCACAUGCUUUAAAUCUGUUGCAAACUCCAGACAAUCCUAAAUGUCCUGUUGUUAAAAAAUUCAUGUUCCAUAUGACUUGUGAUUCUAGUGUUGAAGUUCGGACAGUUAUUGUUAAAAAAAUCGCAAUGUUUAACAAUGUUAUUGAUGAAAUGAUGAAGAACACAUUAUUUGAUGUUAGUGAUAAUGUCAGAAGAGAAGCUUACAAUCGUUUCUUGGAAUAUCCAUUUUUAAGGUUAUCGUCCAAGCAAAGACAAACAAUAUUGGAAAUAGGAUUGGAAGAUAAAAAUGAAUCUAUCAGAUCAUUAGUGAAAAAACGGUUUAUGGAGAGAUGGUUAGAUGACUGUAAUAAUGAUUUUGUAGUGUUAUUGAACAAUUUGGGAGUGGAUAAUGAAAUUGUAUGCGAAAAAGCUUUGAAUAUAAUAUUUGAGGCCUAUUAUGAUAGUCAGGUUUUGGAUUUGAUAAAUGAAUAUUUAAAUCCAGAUUCACGAAUGAUUGCAUUUGAUAAGUUAAGUGUAGAAAAAAUUUUUCUUUGGAAAUGCAUAGCCAAAUAUUUAACUACUGAGAAAAAAAUUGAAUUAGCUCGUAACCAAGGACACGUCGAAGACUAUUACGUCGAUGUUUUAUUACCAGAUUUGGUAAAGUUUUCUGAUUAUAUACGCGAUUAUUAUUUUAAUUCUACGAAUAGUAAUGAAUUUAUACUCAUACAGUUGUUGGAUAUGAUUAGUGCAUUUUCAAUGGAUGAUGUCGGGGCAGAAAGUCUAAACAAACUUUGCUUAGAUUUAAUAUUGGAUGAUCAAUUGUCUGUUAAGCCUAUAAAAUCUGUGGCAGUAUUGUUUGGCUUGACUUUCAAAAAUGGUAAAGACCUUUUAAAUUAUGUUAAACAAAUCUUAAAUAAAAUUCAAACAAAAACAAUUGAUAUAUACCCUUUAGUUGAUAAAGUUGGUACAAAAGAAUUGUUAGAAUUUCAAGUAAAAUCACAAACUGAAAAAAUUGAAGAAUUAUUAAAAAAUGAAUCUCCAGAUGCAGAGGAUACAGAGGAAUUAGAAAUGUUAAUAUUUAAAUUGAAGAAAUUAAAAAAACAGUAUAAAGAAAUAAAUGUAUUGCCAGACGAAAAAGUAUUAGUAGAUAUGGCUGUGAAAAAUGUACUUAAGGUCUUUGAACUGAUUUUUCAAGUUCAACAAUUACCAAAAGUUGGUAUUGAACUUUCCCUAUUAACAGAUAUUGUUCAGAAUAUUGUUGUUGGAUACUUGGAAUGUUCUAAGGUAAACGUUCGAAUGGAAGCAAUACGCUCUCUUGCACCAUACUUGUUGUUAAAUAAUGUUCCUGCAGCCAAAGUACACAUGAAUACUUUAUGUGGUGAAAUAGCAAAACCUAUGACUGAUCGGCACUUGUUAUUCAAAAUUAUGUUUGAAUUGUUCUUGCGUUAUGAUCUCAAAACUUUUGACAUGAAUGAUGACUUGGACACAGAUGAAGAAUAUGAAGACGACUUUUGUGUUGACAAUAUUUUACCAUUACUAGUUAACUGUAUUGAUUAUAAUGUCAAUGAUAGUAGUUUUAAGUCAGUGGUUGUAAAAGGUUUUUGCGACUUGUUGAUAUUUAAAAAAGUCAAGUCCAUCAGUUUACUAUCUAAACUUUUGUUAAUAUGGUUUAAACGUUUAUCGCGAGAAACCUUCAAUAUAUACAAUCGUUUGGUGAAAUUCUUUACUUCUUAUGUGUUUUACAUUGAUUCAAGUAGUAGUGCAUUGGCCAUGUGCUAUGUUCCAGUGUUAAAAGAAAUUCAUGAAUACGAUUUAGGGGAGAAGUUGGGUAUUAAAAUAGAUGAAGUGAACUCAACUUUAAUGAACCUCACUCGAGGACUCAUGUACAAGAAUGAAAAAAAGGCUAUUAACGCUCAUGGUGAACUGGCAUGUUACAUUCUUGAUUAUUUAUUAGACGAAAACCACCCCUACACGGCUAUGUUAGUUGAUACCCUGUACAAGUUAGAAAUUGAUUUUGACAACAAUGACGAAUUGGUAAACACAAUUGGCCCAAAAUUGUUGCGUGUGAUCAAAUAUUUAAAACAUUCAGAUGACAAAAGCAGUUCAAAAUAUCUGAGAAAAAUUAAAAGUAAAUUUGAUCCAGUUUUACAGAAAAAGGAAUCUUUUAUGAAAAAAAUCAAUGAAAAGAGAGUUGAUGCCACUGAAAAGGAAGUUGAUGUCAUUGAAAAGGAAGUUGAUGUCACUGAAAAGGAACUUGAUGUCACGGAAAUGGAAACGGAAAAAGAGCAGACUCAAGGACCUUCGACCGUCAACAAAGAACCGGAUAUGGUAGAAGUUCAUGAAGAUUUGUUUACACAAGAAAAUUUAAUAAUGUUGAGUAGUGAUGAUGAAGACGACAGCAUAGAAGGAUUUCCGAGUACAAAACUGGAUGCAAUGAAACGUUUGUCGGAAGUUUUCAAAAGAAGUUUCAAUAAAAAUACACAUGAAUUAACUACUUCAGACGAUAGUGAUUAA